AUGGACCUGGCGCUUGCUCUGCGAUGGUCGGGUUGCAGAGUGCUGGCCAGCAGACCCCGGCAGGGUAAGGCCGCCAGCAGGCGUUUCACCGGCGCCUUAGCAGCGAAAUCAGCGAACGAGCCCAACAACUGCUAUGAUGUCGUUCUCGUCGGGGGUGGAUUUGCGGGGCUUGCGGCUGUUGGAAGGCUUGCAAAGCAGCGCGUCCACGGCCGCAAACUACGGCUGCUUUUGAUAGAGCAGGGACGGGGCUUAGGUGGACGUGUUUGCACGCGACGCAGGGAAACAACCGAAGGCCCUCUCGCUUUCGAUCACGGUUGUCAAUAUUUCACCGCAAAGACCUCGCAGCCACAUUUUUCCGAUGCCUGCAGGAUGUGGCAGGAUGCUGGUGUUGCAGGUGCUUGGCAUGCAGCCGUAGGGAAGCUUAGUCUUCAGGGCAUCGGGAUGGAGGAUGCGAUCUUCGAGCCCUUUGAUCAAUCAAAGGUGCCUCUGGUGGGUAUUCCCUCAAUGAGUGCCAUCGGAAAGCACAUCAUUCGUGAAGCCCAAGACGGUCAGAAUGAUGUCGACGUUCUCACGAGCUCGAAAGCUUCGGACGCUGCAUGGGACGAUGCUUCGCACUUGUGGACUUUGCAAGUCAACUCGGAGCCAGUGAAAACUUCGGUUUUGGCAGUUACCACAAGCGCAAGAAGUUGUGUGCGCAUGCUUGGCGAUGCUUGCCCAAGCGGUUGUGAAGCGUCCAAGGUGAAAUCCAACGUUUGCUGGGCACUUCUCGUGGCAUCUUUUAAGCCUUUGACUUGUCAACCUGAUUGGGAUGCCGCGUUGGUGGAUGGUUCUUCCUGCUUCGCAUGGGUCAGCCGAAAUACCUCCAAGCCCAGUAGGCCCAAACCACCAGCUCCAGAGUGUUUCGUGUUGCACACCUGCCCAGAGUGGAGCAAUCCCCGGGCGGAGCUUUCCAAAGACGAAGUUCGGAAGCUGCUUCUGAUGGAAUUCUGUCGACAGUUCGGAUGCCAAAAUGAAGCGGUGGUCUACGCUGAGGCGUUCCGCUGGAACAAUGCGUUUCCCUUAAACCCCUUGCAACUUCCGAAGAAGUGCAUCGUGGAGCCUGAGCGGAAGCUUGUUGCUGGGGGCGAUUGGGCAUCUGGAGAUCGGGUCGGUGACGCGUUCGAGUCAGGAGUUGCAGUUGCUGUAGCUGUGCUGACCUUGCUAAACGCCUGA